CACUGAGCAGUGUUUGAAUGUGUGUGUGUGUGUGUGUGUGAGUGUGUGUGCUCUUUAACAGUUUUUCACAUUGAGAAGGACAAGUACUUUCCCUGGGAAUGUCAGGUGAACACUCUGUGCUGCAGUACGUGCCAGGGGGAAGUUUGUGAUUAAGCCGUUGUUGUGGAUUAUGGCGUUGUGAAAUCUUACAAGGAUCUCUCCACAAUGUCAAUAAUCCACGGGAUUAUCCUCUGUUUCUGUAGAGGCUGUAGCUCGGAUCACCGGAUGACAAAACUCUGAGGUGCGGCCUGAUUUGUGAGCGCCUGAGUUUCAGCCCACAGACGAGCUGGAGUGUAUUUGUAGGGCAAGAGGUUUGAAUGUUGUGCCUGUCAAAACGCGACAUCUUUUCUCCCAUCCUGCUUCUGAAGUUCUCAACAGGGUGUGAUUGUAUGCUGAGAGCAUGGGCUGGACGAUACGACAGGUGCAGUGUGGACUUUGCAUGUUUAUCCAUAACCUGACACAUCUUGUCUUAUCAGACACCCGUGCUGUGCAGGAUCAUCUCUGUUGACAACAGCUCCUUGGCUACACAGAAAACGGUGGAUGCAUUUCUCAAACGGGACAUCAGCUUCAGGGCAGCGUACAGAAUAAUGUCUGGAAAACAAAGGAAACAAACACACUGCACUUAAUCUCGCACACAAACCCAAAUCCGGAUGUUUGUCAGUCAUGAGAGGAGCUGCCUGAGAGCAAGAAUUUUACCUUUUGCUUUGUGCACAACAUCUGACAUCCAGGCUGCACUUCUUUGUGAUAGCAUGAUGAUAACGUAUGUUUUGGUUCUUGACAACUCUGAACACAGAUGUCUUGUAAAAGCUUCUUUGAUUAUAUUUUGUUGAUCACGUGGUCGGGAGUUUCUUCAUCACGCCGCACCUAGCAACGGUAAAGAUUGUGCUGUUCCUGAUAAUGCCAGUAAACCUUUGAACCUCAAGUCUAGUGUCCCAUCUUCGGGCUAUCACACAGAACAUACCACUGGCGUAAUCAGACCACGUUUUACACCCUCCAGCAUGUGACAACAGCCUGUUAAAAGUGUGUGCCUCAAGUCUUUGUUGUCACAGUUGCAGUUGCUUUCUUUACACACCUUCCUGUCGUCUGUCCUGCACGUCUUCCAGGGAUCAGAUCGAUGGAGUCCUUCUGUGGAGAUACGGAAGAAAGCACAGAGGACAUCGCAGGACGCAAAAAGUCCAAGCUUAAGUCUCUGAAAACUCGCCUCUUCAGGAAGACUAAGAGAGCAGGUGCGGAGGGAGACGCCAAACUCAGCCAGUCAGCCAGCGACAUUACAGCGGGAAAAGAUCUGGGAUCAGAAGAAGAUCUGGCAUGCCCCCAGGGGAUGAUGGGAUCACGGGCACUGUCCCAUGACAGCAUCUUUCUGGCAGAUGAGGUCCUGACAGAUGCUGAACCUGCCAGGGUCUUAUCACAGGAGAAUGUUCAGAGCAAGAUUAAAGCUCUGCAGACGAAGCUCCAGCUGCAGAAGAUGCAUUUGGGGCCGCCUCCUCUGGUUCUGCCAGUCAGACGAGCGGAGGAUCAGGAAAGCCUCUCUGACGACGACGGUCAUCCCCACAGCCCCUCUGAGAUCUCUAGAGGGGAUGUCACUACGCAGGAAACCCUCAGCAAGACGAUGUCGCAACCGUUCACUCGAGCACUCUCGCCCAACCAAAAACCUACAUCAACCAAAUUGGUGACUCCAUCCAAUCCCUCCGUCGUCUCCAAUUCUUCAGUUGUUGAGCCUCCAUUGGACUUCAGCUCCCCAGCCCAGUUCACCCCCUUCCUGGAUAGCUCUGCUGCACGCCACCGGAUGUCUAUCAAGCCCAGGAACCAGAGGGCCAGCACCAAGAAGAGACUUGCCGCAAUUGACUCCAGGUCUCACUUAAACAACAUCGACCACCCUGAGUCUAUGACAGAGGAAGAGCGACCGCUCAAUACACAAGAAGAGGUGACGCCGGAAACAGAACAAGAAGGAGCUGUCAUAAAGUCGGAGCGUGUUCCUUCAAAAUCUCCCGAGGUGGUGCCAAUCAUUCCAGAGGCAGCAACCGGAUCAUCCAGCCAAACCUUUCCCGAACAGGACCAAGCUGUCCCUGGCAGACUGCACCCUCUGCCCCCACAGAUACUCAGAGUUAAGCCUCACAGACCAGCGGAUGUGAGGCCCAGUGAACGGCCGCACUCAUCAUUUAUACCGUCAGACGUAAAGGACAAAAGAGAAGCAGGGUUUGAGAUACAAACACUGUCCCAUGACAAAAUAAAUACUCCAAACAAGUGUGGAAUGACCGAAGCCUCCUCGGACCAGCUCUCGAAUGCCCACAGCUCAGCUGUGGCACUCAGGUCUUCUUCUGCUCACCAGCCAGGUGAGACAGAAAGCACGAGAGUGAUCAAGAGUCCCGCUGCAGGCUCCGGGUCCUUCCAUUUCUCCAUCACCACUGCCAAAAACCGAGAUGGAGAAAGACCCCGAUCUGGCAGUUUUGUGGGAGUGCUGGAGCAGAUUGAAGCCAGGCACAAGAUGGAGGAAAAGCCCUUUUCAAGCAUGAAGGAAAAGGCAGAACUUAGAGACUCACAGCCAAGAGGGGGCCCCUUUGCUGUGGGAAGACUUAGACAGGAGGGUGCGGCGCACAAAAGCGCCGUUCUUCCAUGGGAUAAGAGGGAGAGCUUCAAAAAGGCGGAAACAGUGGCACCGUCUAAAAAUGUAACCCCAGCAACAGGCGCCGCUGAGGAGAAAGAAGUGGAGAGCAGCCAGGAGUUGGUAGAAGAGGCAGUGGAAGCACGGGAGGUCGAGGAGGACGAAGGAAAGACAGCGUUUGGUAUCAAACUGCGCUCCACAUCUCAGUCGACCAGAUUACGGUCUGAUGCCUCUUCCAACCUGACCUCAAAGUCACCAGUGUGUCAGGAGCAAAGCGAGAAACACAAAAGACACGAAGUGAGCGAUAAUGCCGGGAAUAUGAGUAAGAACCUGCGAACAAGCAUCUCAUCAACACCAUCCGCCAGUGGAGACCCUCAACUGGCUGAUCCAGCCCCAUCUGGCUUCUCCCUUCCAGUCAAGCAUAACCCGCCAUCGACCUGCGACCCUCACAUCAAGCCAACGGACGCCCAGACAGCCUCUUCGAACUCAAAAGAAGCUGAAACAGCCCUUGUGGAGCCCCAGCCUGCCCCCCAAGCGGCUCCCCAGACGGCCCCGUCUGAGGUGUCCUGGAUGAGCUUGGCGAUGGAAAAGACCAGAAGCCUUCAGCAGCUCUUCACUAGCAGAUUUCCGAGGGAUUUCACAAGCACGCAAGCAGCGGCUCGACCGCAAGCACAGGCGCAGACAACGAAUCAAACGGAGACGCCGACUGUUGCACAAAUGCAGACACACUCUGUGAAAACACAACAAAGUACAACACCACCAGAGGCUGCAAGUCCACCUUCAGCUGAUGCAGUGAGGGCAGAAAGUAGAAGUCAAGCACACACUGUCAAACCGUCACUCGUGUUGGUGCAACAAAAGACAUCCACGACAUCUCCCAUUCAGUCAAACACCUCCAGAGAAGCACAGCCAUCCAAACAAACCAGUGAACCCCAGUCACACCCAGCUACUACUCUGUCUGCCUCACAGUCUGUUCAGACCAAGCCGAGGACGACCCAGACUCCCGUGCACUCUUCUCUAACAGAGACCUCAUCUCAGUCUGCACAGGGGAGCAUCACACAGUCUCUUGCACAAUCUUACCUUUCCUCUGGCCAGCAACAGCAGCAGCAACAGCAGCAGCAGCAGCAGCAGCAACAGCAACAGCAACAGCCCCCCUGGAGCAGUCGGGGAGGUCUUCACUCUGCCAGUCAGCUCAAAUCUACAACCUCGGCUCCAUAUCCAGUUUCUACCAGCUCAUCAGCUACGCCUCCUCCUCCUGCAGUUUCUGCGUCAGGAAGAGGGGAAAAAGAAGCCACCGUGCAGGAAAAAGAGGGUGCACUGCAGCCAGGGAGACGGCCAGUCUGGGCUGGGUCAGUGAGUGAGAGGGCUGCUUUUUUGGAGAAACGGGCAGAGUGGACGACUACACCUGGAACCAAGGGGGUGGACGUGAAGAAAGCUCAAACAGAGGCGCAGACAUCAGGUGAAUCCCCUGCACCGGCAAAACCCGCUCCUCUGAACAAAGACACAAAACAAGAGGGAAGGCCAGGAGACAGACCUGCAGAGUCGUGUCCCACCAAAGUUCCAGACAGACCUCGUGAGGACAAAUGGCUGCGUAAGAAUGUGCCGCCAUCUUCAUCGCCCUCAUCGUCUCCCCCAAUGUCUGACAGUGGCCAGCCGUCCUGGAUGGAACUGGCAAAAAGGAAGUCUAUGGCCUGGAGUGAUAAGUCCAUGGAGUGAGUGGGAAGACUGUCAGGAUUGUGUUGAUUCAGCUCUGCUGAGGCUGUUGUAUGUGUAUGUGUGUGUGUGUGUGUUAACUUUUAUUUAAUUGUGUUAAUGUUAUAUUGAGAGACAGACAAACAGAGUAUCUAUUGAAAAUUAAUUAUAAUCCCUGUGCACCACAAGCACUUCAAGAUCAAUGGCAUUUCCGAAAACUGUUUUAUGUGAUUCAACAUGUCACAGCUGUUAAAAGCUUAUAUUAAAUAAUAAAACUUUCUAAUGUCGGCCUUUGUGUCUUUGUCGAGUGCUUUAAUGUAACAUGGCAAAGGAGAAGAUGAUGAAUGACUAAAUUAAAACCCCUCAUAUCUGAUGUAAUAA